AGCGUGUCCGACCCGCCCAGGGGUGCACGAACGCACUUACACCGUCUAGAUUUACGAAAGUCUCUGCUGAAUUCGGGCCCCGCCACGGACCCUGCGGGCGAUCAGCGAGCCAAGAUCUACUUCGAGGGCUAAAUCUUGACCUAUAGCCUAGAUAAGCAUGGCUUCGUUGAAAAGCGCCCAUACUAUCCGACGACAGACAAGCUGAAGGUAGUAAGCAGCUGAGCUUUAGUCAAAUCUGGUAAAAACUGUUUCAAUAGCUCUCAAGGACAAUGAAUGCAUUGCGCGGCCUUCGAAAAUCUGGACUCGGAUGACUGAAUUCGCGAAAAAGUCAUGACCAUAAGGAUAUAUAACGUCGAUCUGCUUCGGCACUCUGGUAUGAUCAACACAGCUCAGCACCGACAACAUCAACCAAUCACACAAAGUUGAGUAGUGUGAACUCCACAGCCUAGGAAAGAUGCGAUCUUCAAGUUCUCUAGCGCUUCUUCUGCCAUUGGCAGUGUCUGCUGCUCCGACCAGCAGCAACUCGGCAAAUGUAUUGCUGAACGAGCUGUUCUGCAAGGUCAACGUCAUUGUUGUCUCAGCCUUGAAGAAGGACUCUGCGGCAACAUCUUAUUGCUCACGUUUCUUGUCAAUUCCUACUCUCACCUAUACCGCCACUGCAACUCAAACACCAGCUAGCGUCUAUACCACGGUGCCUGCAACUGUCACUGGCGACGCUGUCACUAACACUGUCACAUCUACGUCGACUACCACUACGGAUAUCACCAUCACGGAGACGGCGACAGAGAUUUCGACGGAGACUACUACUGUCACUACGUCUACGUCCACUUUGACUUGCUUGGAUAGUGCUUACACCGCAUCUGUCCCCGUUGGUACUAUCUUGAAGCGUGGCGAACAAGUGUCAAAGCCGACCUGCAUUCCUACAAUCUGGGCUUCUCCUGUAAUCUCGACUGCCUGCUCGUGCUUGUCGAUCCCCACGCCAUCUACCACUACGACUGUCACCACGACUCUUGUACCCGGCACUAUCACAGCCACUACAACCAAUACCAUUACGCCGACUGCAACUGCUUACGAGACUACCACCGAAGUUGCGACAAACACGCACACGGAGACCACCACCACAACCAUAACCACGACACUGACUGCUUAUGCCGAGGCGACAACCAUCGCAUCCAACGGCAUCGCCUAUCGCAAGUACACCCACUCGUAUAACGCCGAUUCUAGCUCUAGUGGCUUUACCUCCACUGCGUUCAAGUCCCUGACGCCUGACUGGAGCGGUGUCUUGCAGUCGCUCACGUUCAGCACGCCCAACUGGUCUGGCGGUUCUCAGUACUUGACACUCUCUGACCACUCUGCUUUCCUCGCUACGCAGGCUGCACUCGUGCUCCAGGGGUUCUUCAUCGCCAAAGAGACUGGCACAUACACAUUUUCUAGCUCGAAGGACUACAUUGACAACUGGGGCUACCUCUGGACCGGCGACGCUGCAUAUAGUAGCUGGAGCGACUCGAACACGGCGUACAAGGCCAGCCGUACUGGUGCCGGAUACGUUACUGGAACAGCUACCGUCGCACUCAACGCUGGGGAUGCCAUUCCGCUUGCGUUCCUCUGGGCUAAUGGUGGCGGUGUCGCGCAGAGCUACUUCACCGUCACUACUCCGAGCGGAGUGAGAACGACUGACAGCACGGGAUACUUUGUUCAGGCUUGCAGCUCAACUGUCUUCUCUUGAGAGGCAGUCACGAUAGUAGUGUCAAAAAAUCCACUUAGAUCGUAACAUUUCUCUCAUAGAGGUGUUUAGCGUAAUGCUUAGCGGUGGCAUUCUCAGCCAAUCAGGAACCAGAGUUUCACUAUUACCCUCUGCUCUUAACCACUCUUAAUAAUAUCAUCAUUGUUGAUGAAAAGUACAUUUAAAGAAAUAUAAUAUCCG